AUGUCGACUCCCAGAGGAUCAGGACGGGGGAUGCGAUCCUCGUCCCCUGCACUGGAAUGGCCUACGUCCAGCGUCGGCGGUACACCCCGGCCGUCGUCUGCCGCUACGCCCCGCGCAUCCGCUAUUCGUCGCCAGGGCAAUGGGGUCGCCGCAUCGUCUUCUCCGUUGCACUUCCCGUCUGAUGGGCCCGCGCCUAGCUCGUCGCGCCUCAGCCAGCUGCGCUCCGAUGAGCCGCUCUUCUUCCCCGCCUCGGGCGGCUCGACGCCACGCCGUCAGCGCCGAGGAGACAUCCACUCGUCGUUCCCGAUGGCCUCGCCCUCGCUGGCGCGGUAUGCCGGCCGUAACGCACAGCCUCUCGUGCCCUCGUCGCCUGGCAGGUCGGACGCCGCGACACCGCACGCCACCUCCGCCGCGGCCCUGUCCGCCGCCGACAUCCCAACGGGCGAUGCGACUGGCGACGACGAGAUCACCGAGAAAUACAUCUGGGGCACAACCAUCCCGCUGCAGACGACCAUGAACUUGUUCCGCGACUUCCUGCGCGGCUUCAAGCCCAAGUACCGCGCCAAGUACAAUGAGGCGCAGGCCAAGGCCAUCACGGACGCCGGCGGCAUUGCCCCGCCCCCGAUGCCGCUGUACGACAACCUGUCGACGCGCGAUGCCGACAAGCCCCUGUACGAGGGCUACAUCGCUACCAUGCGCCAGACGGGCCAGACGAACCUGAACCUCGACGCUCUCAACCUCCUUGCGUACCCGCCCACGAAGAGGCUGUACCACCAGCUCGUCAACUUCCCGCAGGAGAUGGUGCCGAUCAUGGACCAGGUUCUGCGCGACGUCAUCACCGAGGAGGCCGAGGAGGAACUGCAGGAUGCAGUGACCAAGCAUGCCGAGGGCCAGGUUGCCGAGCUCCAGCUGCACGUUCUUGAGAAUGAGUUGCAGGAGAUUGAGCAGCGAGUGUACCGUGUCCGUCCCUUUGGCGGCGAGAAGACGGUCAACAUGCGCGACCUGAACCCCGGUGACACCGACAAGCUCGUCAGCAUCAAGGGCAUGGUGAUCCGUUCGACGCCCAUUGUGCCCGAGAUGACGGUGGCGUUCUUCCGCUGCCAUGUGUGCCAGCACACGGUGCAGGUUGAGAUUGACCGCGGACGCAUCGACGAGCCCGAGCGCUGCCCGCGCGACGUGUGUGGCUCCAAGGGCACCAUGGUCCUCGUCCACAAUCGCUCCGUGUUCACCGACAAGCAGGUGGUGCGCCUCCAGGAGACGCCCGACGUUGUCCCCGACGGACAGACGCCGCACACCGUUUCGCUGUGCAUGUAUGACGAGCUCGUCGACCUCGUCAAGCCCGGUGACCGCGUGCUCGUCACGGGUAUCUUCCGCUCCAUGCCUGUCCGUGUGAACCCGCGACAGCGUAGUAUCAAGUCGCUGUUCAAGACGUACCUCGACGUCGUGCACGUCAAGCGCACCAAUGUCGGCCGCAUGGGCUUUGACCCCACGACGCGUGACGGCGAGGGCAAGCCGCCCGGUGUCGGUGUCGGCGGCGAGGACGACGAGGAGGAGGUCCUCCAGGGCACCAUGCGCGCCGAGGACACGAUGGAGCAGGAUACGGACACGCCCGACCUCGGCCUGUCGGCUUCGGCCGAGAUGGAGAAGAAGCUGCUCGAGCUCUCGCGCCAUCCGGAUAUCUACGACAUGCUGGCGCGCUCCAUGGCGCCGUCGAUCUACGAGAUGGAGGAUGUAAAGAAGGGUAUUCUCCUGCAGAUGUUUGGCGGUACGAACAAGUCGAUCGCGCGCGGAGGAGGCGGCGGUGGACCCCGUUACCGUGGUGACAUCAACGUGCUCAUGGUCGGUGACCCGGGUACGUCCAAGUCGCAAAUCCUGCAGUACGUGCACAAGAUUGCCCCUCGUGGCGUGUACACCUCGGGCAAGGGAUCGUCCGCUGUUGGUCUCACGGCCUACGUUACGCGCGACCCGGACUCGAAGCAGCUCGUCCUCGAGUCUGGCGCGCUCGUGCUCUCUGACGGCGGUGUGUGCUGCAUCGACGAGUUUGACAAGAUGUCGGACGCGACCCGCUCCGUGCUGCACGAAGUCAUGGAACAGCAGACUGUCUCAAUCGCCAAGGCGGGCAUCAUCACGACGCUGAAUGCGCGUACCUCGAUUCUCGCGGCCGCCAACCCGGUCGGCUCAAAGUACAACCCCAAGCUGCCCAUUCCCGCCAACAUUGACCUCCCACCCACGCUCAUUUCGCGUUUCGACCUGCUCUACCUCGUCCUCGACAAGGUGGACGAGAUGAACGACCGGCGCCUCGCCGCGCACCUCGUGGGCCUGUACCUCGAGGACCGCCCCGACACUGGCGGCCAGGACAUUCUCCCCACAGACGUCCUGACUGCAUACAUCACCUAUGCCCGCGCCAAGGUGAACCCGAUUCUGACCGAGUCGGCGUCCAACGCGCUCGUGCAAGCCUACGUCGAGAUGCGCAAGGUGGGCGAGGACGCGCGCACGGCCGAGCGGCGCAUCACGGCGACGACGCGUCAGCUCGAGUCCAUGAUCCGUCUCUCGGAGGCUCAUGCCCGUAUGCGCUUCAGCGACACGGUGGACCUAGAGGAUGUCGUCGAGGCGAACCGACUCAUCAAGUCCGCGCUCCGCGAGAGCGCCACGGACCCGCUCACGGGCCAGAUCGACCUGGACCUGAUCACGACGGGCGCGGGCCAGACGGCGCGCCGCGUGCGUGCCGACCUGAAGCGGGAGAUUCUCGGUCUCGUCGACGCCGCGGGGCGCACUGGGCUCAAGUGGAAUGCAGCCAUCAAGGCGCUCGAGAACCAGAGCAGCGUGCCCGUCGACCAUGCCGAGUUUGCAGAGGUCGUCAAGGGGCUCUGUGACGAGGGCGUGCUCAAGGUCGUGGGCGAGAAGGACCGGAGGACGAUCAGGAGGUUGGCGGAGUAA